ACAUAUCGGCAUGGAUGUCACUCCACUUCCUCAAACUCAAUCUUUCCAAAACUGAACUCUUAGUAUUCCCUCCAGCCCGUGCCUCCUCUCCUAACUUCUCCAUCAAAAUCAAUAACACAAUCAUCAGUCCCUCCCCUCAUGCCAGGAUGCUAGGUGUAACCCUAGACUCCCAUCUGUCCUUUCAGCCCCAAAUCCAAUCGCUGUCCAAAUCUUGUAGACUUCACCUCCGCAACAUGUCCAAGAUACAGCCGUUCUUA